UCCAGCUCUCGAGAAACUUAGACCGGAGAUCCAACCCAACCAAACAGAAACCCCCAACAUCCUGAGGGCUCAGCAUCCCCCUUGCCACCUAGGCACAGUAACACCUCUAAAUCCCCGUGGCUAUGCACAACCCAACCGCCACACACCCCCCAACCUCGGAGAGAACAAACCGGCGAUGUGGGGCGGGCACCAGACCAACGGGACCCGCACCGCCACACUGGUGGCCGCAUCAGCCACCGUAUGUACUGUACAGGAUUGUUGCGCCACAUCCAUUUGUUAUGUCAUUCUCCCCGGGCAUCAACCUAAUCGGGUAUACUACUGGGCGUAUGAGCAAGUUAAUGAUAAAGCAUAGUGGCAAGAAUAUGCCUGUCACCAGAAGUGAGAGUCGUGGCGCAGUUAGCAGAGCAGAGCGGAGCUCGCCUGAUGGCAGGCUUGCUGGGCAUCAGACGGCAUGGUUACCACUGGGUGAUGUGUAACUUGGGUACAUGUACUCUCACACGGUGGCCACACACAGCCUUUACUGUACUGUGUGCAUCAGGGUAAGGCCGCGAGGCUUCCACUCUGAGCUGAUCUGAA